AUGAGCUCAAUUACAGGUUCAGUGUUUGCACCACAUAGCAAACCGAUAAGCAAGAACUCAUUGCUAGAAAUGAUUUUUGUACAGGAUAGUGGAGGAGAAACUGAUCUACCACGACACGCUGCUCAGGAGGGGACACCUUUAGAAAAAAUCCAAUAUUAUGAGAGUCGUCGUCCUCCCUGUGAAGAAAUAGGGAGUACAGUGUACCCCCAAAUCAACGAGCAACAGAAGAUGCCAUGGGAAUAUAACCAAGACAAGAAUGGGUUUCAAGAUUUACCAUUUGUUUUAGUGUUUGUGGUUGUUUUGCUGUGUUUUUGUGUUGCUGCACUUCAGAGCUUCCUGUGCGUUUCGCAGUUUCACCAACAGGGAGUAACAACUUUUUGGGGUAUUCUUGUUACUAAGUUCAACCUUGGCAGUAUCACCAUUAGCAAAGGGUUUAUUUUAGCAACAGCAAUUAUUAGCUGCUCAAUAUUACUUGGAUUUCUACAGUUGUUAGGAUUGGUGUUCUUCUAUAAGAUUUUCAUAAUUGGUGGAUUCAUUGGUAGCACCAUAUUGGCGUUAAGUUUGACUAUUUAUUUCUACCUGAACUUAAAAUUGAAGCCCAUGUAUUUGUCAAUUGCUAUGUUGAUUUUGUGCAUAUUCUUAGGUUGGAUUUUACGGUCAAAAGUGGCCUUCAGUACCCAACUCAUCAGAAUUGGCUCUAGAUUUAUGAGGUCAAAUCCUAGUAUUUGGAUAAUUUAUACAGUGAUGAUCCUACUCAACACACUUGGAGUAGUAGUAUAUUUUUAUGUUUUUACAUUAUCUGUUCUUUCCCUUGAAAUGGAAACUGGUCACAAUGUCCAAUAUGUAAAAGUAUCCUUUUUACUUUUCUGUGGUUACUAUUUUGCACAAAUCUUUGAAAACGCCGUGAAAGUUACCGUGGGUACAAUUUGCUGUAAAUGGUACUUUAACUCUUCAAUUGACACUUCAACUGCAAUAUGUCAUAUGUUGAGUAGAUGCAGUGGUUCAAUUUGCUUGGGGUCUUUGAUUAUGGGGGGUUUGACUAUUGUGAGGGAGUUUUCGAUGAUAUCAAAGUCUAAAAGAAGGCUGACAUCGAAUCCAUUUUCAAAGAUUGUGUGGACUAUGGUUACUACAUUGAUGUCAAUUGUACAAUUUACAAUGAAAUACUUUAAUGAAUAUGCGUUUGCAUAUAUGGUAUUACACGCAACAGGAUAUAUAACCUCGUCUUAUAAGAUGUACAACUUGUACAUAAGAAAAGGGUACAGUACUUUAAUCAGCGAAAGUAUUGUCAAAGUGACUCUUCAACUCUAUGUGGUGUAUUCCGGUAUAGCCGCAUCGACACUUGCAUUCUUUUACAUUGCUGUGGCAGUACCUCAACAAGAGAUCUAUAAUACUGAGGUGGUUGCCAUUGUCCUUGUGAGCGGAUUGGUUGCACUGCAAAUAACAAGAAUGGUCUCAAUGCUGGUAAAUGCCUAUGUUCAUCUCAUGCUUGUUUGUUUAACAGAAUAUAGAGAAACUUUGCAAUGGUUACAUCCGCAAGAGUUUGAGUUGAUUCAAAAACACCUUGUACACUAA